UCCACGAGAAUAACAUGGGAGAAGAAGCCCCAGCAGCACAGGCUAAAGCCGCAUCAAAGGUUUCCAAGAAGAAAGUCGCACCACGACCCAAGAGUGAUGGACCCACCCUCCCUAAGCUCAUCGUCAGCGCCCUGGCUGACUCCAAGGACCGCAAAGGGAUUUCCGUGUCCGCCAUCAAGAAGGUCCUGGCCAGUCAAGGGGUCGAUAUAGUUAGCGCAAACAAGCGUGUUAACAACGCUCUUAUGAAAUUGCUGGCCAAUGGCACCCUGAUCCAGACCAAAGGCAUGGGGGCCUCUGGAUCCUUCAAACUCGCAAAGAGGGAGCCUAAAGCCCCCAAGCCUAAGAAGGUGGUGAAGAAAUCUCCUGCCAAGGCCAAGAAGCCAGCUGCAAAGAAAGCAACACCCAAGAAGAAGGCAACCGUCAAGAAGGUGGCCGCUAAGAAGGCGACACCCAAGAAGGCAGCAGCCAAGAAGGCACCGGUCAAGAAAGCAGCAGCUAAGAAACCUGCAGCCAAGAAGAGUCCAGCAAAGAAGGCAGCACCCAAGAAAGUAACAGCCAAGAAGCCCGCAGCUAAGAAAGCUCCAGCAAAGAAGGUUGCAGCCAAGAAGACCAAGAAGUAAAUCACUUCUACUCCUGUCUGCCUGGCAUUCAGUGCACC